GAGGCAACUUAGCCCGGCGGCCCGGCGGGGCACCAGGGACCGCGGUGGCCCGAGCGCAACCAGAGGAGGAGGAGGGUGCCCUCCGUGCAGCGCAGCUUGCAUCUGCGGCCGCGCGAUCCACCUCCCUCGCCGAUUCCCCCGCGUGCGUCCCUCUGUCCGCGGAGCCGGCGGGAGGCCCCGGGCUCUGGCCGCUGUAUGGGAGGCCAAACCAGACCGAUGGCGGCGGCGGCGGCGGCGGCCCUGUCGGGCCUGGCGGUGCGGCUGUCUCGCUCGGCCGCGGCCCGCGGCUCGUACGGCGCCUUCUGCAAAGGGCUCACGCGCACGCUGAUCACCUUCUUCGACCUGGCCUGGCGGCUGCGCGUGAACUUCCCCUACUUCUACGUCGUGGCUUCAGUGAUUCUCAACGUGCGCCUGCAGGUACAUAUUUAGAGCAACUAACUCUGUGGCAUUGGGGGGUGCCCAGCAGGAUGGCUGACCUCCACCCACCAGUUCAGCCGCCCUAGAGCGAAGCGACCAGCUCGCCUCGCGCACACAGACUUGCCGGCCUGUCUUGCCAAUUGCCUCGUCUUUUCAUAUAAAUGCGCCGCUAGAAGUCAUUUGCAGAAAGCCUGCAGUGUAACCAAAAAAGCCUAAGAUAUAAUGAAAAGUUGAAUCUCAAGGAAAUAGCUAAUUCAAAGAACAGAACCUAAAAAUCUGAAAAUCCUCAGAAAUAUUUGAGAAGUUCUUGCAUCCAUAAAACAAAAGACAGCACCGAAGGCAGGGAAAUGACAAUAAGCACAGGAUGCCCUAAGGGGGGAAAAAGGAAAAGUUACCAACAACUUAAAAAAAGAUAAACUGUACAAGAGUGGUCCAAAUAGGAGGCAAGUCCUCCAAAUUAGAAAAAGAAAUGAAUAGACUUCCAACUGAAUGGAAUCGAUUCUAGGCGACAGAAAUUUAUCGCAUGAUCGGGAAGGCAUACAUUUCUUCAUCCUAAAAGAAACAACAACGGCAAACAGAACCUACUGGGAAAAACAAACAUUUCAAACUGUACAAGGAGAGCAUGCUUCACAUAUGAAGCAACCUCAGACGUGGCCUGUUUUUCAACCGUUGCCUGGAGUGUGAGAAAGGGAAUCUGAACACCGGCACGUGGAUCCAGCCUCUGCAGUCACAGAAAAUCCAAUCAUAGAGUUCAACUUUGCUAUUCAGUGAACAGUGUUUAAAUAAUCAUUACAAUGGAAAUAUUAGUUAUGCUUUUUCAUUUUUAGAGUAAAUCACUAGGCAAACCAGGGGAGACUUAAUUAUAGUUAUAGAACAGAGUGGGAAUGUAAACCAACUUUGGCAAGUACAGGCAACAAGUUGGCAGGCAGAGAGGAGGAAGUGGAACAGUGGUGUUAUUCUCCUAAACUAGGAAGUCCAGAUACUGUCUCUAGUUGAAAGAAUAAGAUAGAUUUAGGGGUUAGAUUUUUAAAGUGAACAAGGUAACCAACAGAAGAAUUAAAAAUAGUGAUAUAUGGAGGGGGGGAGGAAAACCAAGGGGACAGCAGGAAGUCAGCAGAAAAUGCCUCAUGUCAUCAAGUUAAGAAAUAGUAAGAAAAGCAUAUUAUUAGGAAAAAUGGAGUUAACCUCUAAACAGACAUGUAAAAGCUUUUGCCUCUGGGUUGGGAAAGCAAAAGUUGAGAAGGGUGGGUGGGGAUUUACUGCUUUUCAUUAUAUGUCCUUUUGUACUGGUUGAUUUUUCUAAAUCCUUUAUAUGCAUGUAUUACUUUGAUUAAAAGUUAAAACUUAUUAAAAAUGAAUUUACUGCAAUUAGAAGGAAAUCUGGGGGAAGGGGGGUUGGGGAGUGGUACGUGAGUCCAGGUAGAUUCUGCCCUCCUAUCUUUCUGCAAUAGUGGAUGCAUAUCCUAAAAUGUUCCUGAAUGAUCGCAUGAAAUAUGAUUUCCUUGCUUUCCAAGCAAGCCAUAAGACCAUAAGGAAAUGCCUCAUGAAAUGGCCAGUAAUCUUCAGGUGGCCCAGAGCUUCCUUACUCUAUGUAACUUUUCACGAGCUAACGUCUGCAAUGUCAUAGUUAAAGUAAAAACAAAAAGUGUGAUUUAAUUUUUCAAAACUGAAAAAUUUAAAAACUGAAAACUUGGACAAGUACCCCGUGAUGUUUAGACAAGGUUCUUACGUUUUAAUAUUGAUCAUAAUGGCAAGACAGAGGAAAUAAGCUAAAUAUACAACGGGAGCUUGGCUAAAUAGAAAUA